AUGCCGCCGGUACCAGUCCCAACAGCGCCAGCCCUCUCGCCCUUCAAACCACGAAUAGUAUGCUACCAACAAACAUACCACCACCCCGACGACAACAACGAAUACUGCUCACUCCUCCCGCUGCUGACCAACCCGUCGGGGAUCACACACGUGAUCCUCGCGGCUCUGCACGUCAACUGGGAACCCGGGAACGUGACGCUGAACGACGACCCGUCCACGCACGCCAAGUACACGCAGCUCUGGGACGAGGUGCUGGUGCUGCAGGACAGCGGGAUCAAAGUGCUGGGCAUGCUCGGCGGGGCGGCGCGCGGCACGUUCGCGCGCCUGGACUACUCGGAGUCGCGGACGGACGUGCCCCUCGCGCGCUUCGAAGCCUACUACGCACCGCUGCGGGACUUGAUCCGACGGCACGCGCUCGACGGCCUGGACCUCGACGUCGAGGAGGAAAUGUCUCUCCCCGGUGUGGUGCACUUGAUCGAUCGGCUGCGCGCGGACUUUGGGCCGGCCUUUCUGAUCACGCUGGCGCCCGUGGCCACGGCGCUGAUGGCCGGCCGGCGGCACUUGUCGGGCUUUGACUAUCGCCUGUUGGAGACCCUGAGGGGUUCGCGCAUCAGUUGGUACAACGUCCAGUUCUACAACGGGUGGGGCGGCCUGCAUUCGACGGACGCGUACGAUGAGAUCAUGCGGAAUGGCUGGGAUGCCCAGCGGGUGGUGGCGGGCAUGUUGACCAACCCCAAGCACGGCGGGAGCGGAUAUGUGCCGCUGGAGCUGACUGCCGCGGUGUUGAGCUUGUUGGUCGAGCGGUAUCCCCGGUUUGGCGGCGUCAUGGGCUGGGAGUAUUGGGAUGCGUUGCCGCAGGAGGGGCACGAUCGGGCUUGGAUGUGGGCUUAUUGCAUGGGCUUGUGCAUGGGCAUGAAGAAGGUGCGGGAUGUGGCCAUGGUGGUGCAGUUGGGGAGGGGGCUCGCGAGUGUGGGUGUCAAUCGGUGA